AUGCUUCGUCAAGUCCUCAACCGGAGUCCAGGUCGGGCAUGGGUGGCACCCAGGGUCGCGGGCGCAGUCUCCUCUGGUGAGCAGGUCACCGUUCACCAGGUCAAGUUACAGUCCAGGAGGGGCUUGAUGAGGAAAGCUGCGACCUACGGCAUGGUCGCCGGCGUCUGCCUCUACGUCUGGGACGAAAUAGCCUUCCUCCCUCUCAAGAACCUCGACACUCGUCCGUUACCCAAAGGCCUGGAAGAGGAAGUCGAGCCCUUGUUCAUGCCCUUCCCCUUCACCGAGAAGCAGGUCCAGCCCGCCCCAUACGCUGGCGCCGGGGAGGAAUGGCAAAGCUUCAUCGAGUUCAACAAGGAUGACAAGCUACGGCAGCGGGUAAAGGACGACCUCAGCACCAUGGUUAGAAAAGCGGCCGAGAAGAACAACUUAUUGAAAAAAUGGACAAAGACGGGAGAGGGCUUCAAGCUGGGACCUACAUGGUUAAUAAUGACGUUCCCAGAGAAGCCACCGCCCGAGUUCAUUCGAUGGGGUGCCUACAGCAUGGAAUGGAGCGAGGAAGGUCUCGUUGUGAAGACACAGACAAUGGACGCCAGAACGAAGGCCCUGCUAGAUCGAGUGCUCAUGCCGUAUCCUGUCGCCAGCGCCUCCUACGCCUUCGCCAAGGCCAUGGUAAAGCAAAACGUGUCCAAAGUUGCCAAGUAUUUCGGAUAUCAAUCAGGGGGCAAUGAUAUCAAUACCUCAGGGCCCCAUCCUGACAUCGCGAAGACACUCACUAAAUUAGGAGCGCGGCAAACUGCGGAUGGCAGCACAGCGGCAAGUUCGUCAUCUGCUGCUUCUUCCGCCACUUCCGCUUCCUCGUCCGAGUCCGAAACAUCGCAGUCCUCGAAUCCUACAGCGGUCGGCAAAUCUGAGUCAUCCAAGGAGGCUGGCAGGUCUCUGACGAAAGAGAACAUACCAUACUACUCAGAGCUGGUUGGGAAGGGCUCGGGUCCGUGGAUGGCUUUCAUUGCGACUUAUAAGCAAGCAUGGAAGCCGCUUCGAUACUAUCCACCACGAGGUUCGGUUGCAGUACACGGAAUGGUCGCUCUGGACUCGCCCAAGGGACGGGUUUUCAUCGACGUCUUUGCAUGGUAUCACCCCAAGACAGACUCAUUCCACCAGGACUCAGUCACAAUGAACCUGCGGUCGAUAAGUCCUUACAACCAGAGGCCCAGGCGGUAA